CGGGGAAAUUGGCUCAUUGAAUUGAGCGACGGGUACGGGCGGGGAAAUUGGCUCAUUGAAUUGAGCGACGGCGUGGCGAGGGGUUCAUGAGUUCGCGGCCGCGGUAGCGGCAGCGGCGGGGGAGCGCGACCUGGGCAGCCGAAGCGUGGCGGAGUGUCGUCCCCCUGUUCGGCUGCGCGCGGGUCGUGCGACGAUCUUGGGUACGGCCGCGUGGAGGUAGGUGGAGUUGGGAGGGCCGUGCUAAGAAGGGCGUUAUGGAUAUGGUGCGCGUGUCGGCGCGGCGUCGUGACAUCGCUGCUCCCCUGUGGGUGAUAGUAAGCAUUCUAUUACUAGUACUCGGAUGGGAGGUUGAAGGAGGAGGAGGAGGAGGAGGAGGAGGAGGAGGAGGGGAAGUAGGAGGAUUCGUGCGUUCGGACACCGAUAUGGCGGAGCACCUCAAUACUGUCCACCAUGCUCUUCUUGGCAAAGAAGGGCCAGCCCUCGUCGGAGCUUGGCUAUGGUCGUGGCCCUACUUUUUGGCGUUUGUUCUCGGCAUGGCAGGGAUCUUCAUCUUACGUUCCUUUUCGUCGAAAAUCGAGUCCGUGGAAGAAAAGGCGCCGUCGUACAAGGGUCGUGGCUUCAACAACUCGCUGGCGGCGGAUGGCAGUCGGCUGGGACCGGGCGGAAAGGUGGAAGAGGCGGGGGUCGGUCGCGAGGGGAAGUCCGAGAAAGCAGAGCUUGCUGAGGAGGAAAAGCCGAAGCCAAAGAGACGAAUUGCCAUCUUCUUUGGCACGCAGACAGGCACAGCGGAGAGGUUUUCGAACGAUCUGGCAAAGGAGAUGCGCCAGAGAUAUGGCGACGUCAGCGCAGUGGAGGUCAUCGACAUCGACGAUUACGGGGCAGACGAGGAGGAGCUUGAGUCGAAGCUGUCUGAUGAAGGACUGUGCUUCUUCCUGAUGGCAACUUACGGAGAUGGGGAGCCGACGGACAAUGCCGCUCGAUUUCAUAAAUGGAUGACGGAGAAAUGCUCCUCUUUGAGCGACGAUGAUGAUGAUGAUGGUGAUGGGGGUGGGGGCAGAGGUAGCCGAUUGCUGUCGAAGAUGAACUUCGCGGUUUUCGGGCUCGGGAACAAGCAGUAUGAGCACUUCAACGCGGUAGGGAAAGUGAUAGACAAGUGCUUGGAGAAGCUGGGUGCGAGCAGGAUGGUGCCAAUCGGAUUAGGCGACGACGAUGUGAUCAUUGAGGACGAUUUCGCCGCUUGGAUCUCGGGCGUAUGGCCGGUGAUGGACAAGCUGUUGGGCAUCGGAGACGUCGAUGGCGGCGGCGGCGGCGGCGGCGGCGGCCACGGGGAAGUGUCGGUGGCGCAGUACAGAGUGGUACUCCAUGAAAAGACGAUGAAUGUGGGUGGAUUACCUGGGGGGGGAAAGGAAGAGGAGCGGAUCUCCUCAGGAGGGGAUGAAGAGCGACAGAGAUCCCAGCAGCAGAUCUCAAGAGUACGGUCGCUCAAGACUGCGGCAACGGCGACAGGACCGGGACACGAGGGCUACGCCUACGAUGCGAAUCGUCCUUUUAAAGCGACCGUGGUGGCGAGGAGGGAGCUGCAUUCCCCUCUCUCUGAGAGGUCUUGUGUCCACGUGGAGUUCGAUCUGACCGGUUCUGGAAUGGAGUAUGAGCCUGGAGACCACUUGGGAGUGUUUCCAGAGAACCAGCCGCAUGUAGUCGAGGCGGCCGCUAAACGCCUCGGCUACGCCCUCGACACAGUGAUUUCUUUGCACAGAGACACCGAGGAUGGCCAACAUCAAGGUCCCGACUUCGACUCCCUUCCGCCGCCGCCUUUCUCUGGGCCAUGCACGCUUCGAGUGGCUUUGGCAUGCUUCAGCGACUUGCUGAACGCGCCGAGAAAGACGGCGCUGCUGGCGAUGGCAGCUUACGCGGAGUCUGCGGACGAUGAAGCGCGUCUCCGCUUUCUUGCCUCGCCGGAGGGCAAGGACGAGUACGCAUCCUGGGUAGUGGGCGAUAAACGAAGCCUGCUUCAAGUUCUUGAGGCCUUUCCAUCGGUCAAACCCCCUCUUGGAGUGUUCUUCGGCUCCAUGGCCCCGACGCUGCAGCCGCGGUAUUACUCCAUCUCAUCGUCGCCUCACCAUGACCCGGGCAGAGUGCACGUCACUUGCGCUGUUGUGGAGGAAACCACCCGCAGCGGCCGGGUGCAUCAAGGUGUCGCUUCCCUCUGGUUAGCAGGAGCAGUUCCGUCGUCGAAGGAGGACACGGUGAAGGGAGGUGGAGGUGAUGCCACGGCGCGCAGUUCAAUGCCCGUGUUUGUUCGGUCGUCUGGUUUUAGAUUGCCCGUAGAUAUGUCUCUUCCGAUUGUCAUGGUUGGCCCGGGGACUGGAUUGGCACCAUUUAGGGGUUUCUUGCAGGAGCGGGAGUAUCUGCUGAGAUCCAAGUUGCGUGAGGCAGAGGGAAACACCCUUCUUGGGAAGGCGGUUUUCUUCUUUGGUUGUCGGAGCCGCAGCAAGGAUUACAUCUACAAGGAGGAGGUGGAGGCAUUCUUGAAAAGUGGCGCGCUCAGCAGCUUGCACUUGGCCUUCUCGCGAGAUCAAGACGUAAAGGAGUACGUGCAACAUAAGAUGUCGGAGAAUGCUGCUGAGUUGUGGGAGCUGCUGGCGCCCAAAGACAGGGGAGGAUUAGGUGGGCACCUGUACGUAUGUGGGGAUGCCAAGGCCAUGGCGAAAGACGUUCAUCGCGCUCUCCUGACCAUCGUUCAGGAAAGGGAGGUGGUAUCUGCUUCUGAAGCCGACCUGUUAGUCAAACGGAUGCAGCAAGAAGGACGCUAUCAGAGGGACGUGUGGUAAGGUCAGGCCAGGUCCUCGAGUGGGGGAGCAUGCUUGUGCUGUUGUCAUAGCUAUCACCGCUCUUUGGCGCGCUUCAGGACUCGUCGCGAUAAGAGAGAAAACACGCAGGUGCGCGCAUUGAGCGACCACCCCUUUUACGAUGUAGAGAGGAUGCCGAUGACCUCGGGCGCAUGUUUGUGUUGUGCUGAUGUUGUCGUGGUUAUGAUCGCACUGUGGAUUAAUAAUUUCUGGAGUGAGUACUGCUGUAUGUCACGGGAGGUUGUACCGUAUGCAGGGUGUUGUACAGCUCUCAAGGACGUCACACUACCUCAUGGGCCGAGCUAGUGUGUUGGAAUUCAGCAGGACCUGUAUGGGCCGAGCGUUGCAACCUCCUGAGAGACGGUGCACGUCCAAACGAAUUGGCUAUCACAGCCCAAUCGUGGCUGUAUGAUGUUUUCUAUUUUGUCUGCAAAGAGUUGGCUGCUUCUUUCGGGGGAGGACGCUUUGACAUGUUUGACAGUAAUUGACCGGCGGUGGAGGUGCUGGUUGCUUGUCCAUUUUUUGCCAUUUUUUGCCAUAAGCGCGGGCACAUAGGAAAUCGAAAGAGGCUCAGAUAUCUGUACAUACGUUCCAGAUGCUUUGAUGGGAAGGUAAAAGAUUUGUGGCUCUGUAUGAGUGGAGUAGGAGAGGGGCCGAAAACGAUGCUCAGCUUUACUCGUUAGCGCCUAAGUCUGCAUUUCGUCCUAAGUGCAGAUUAUGCUUUUUCGGAAUCUUCUCUCUCUCUCUCUCUCUCUCUCUCUCUCUCUCUCUCUCUCUCUUGCACCGAUUGUUCGGUCAAUUGCGGAGGGAGAGGGAGAGGGAGAGUGGCAUUCAAAUACUUGUCUGAGAGGGGCCUUAGCUUAGCGCGAAGAUGCUCUGCUCUUCGGGGGACUACAGGGUCACGAUGCUUACGAAUCCUCUUCUCCUCGCGCAUUUUGCUACCCUUGUCUGUCAAGAUAAUCCUGCGUUGGCGUGGGCUUGGUGGGUGGAUAUAAAUCUCUAUGCAAUUCCAAAGCUGGAUGCAACAAAACGGAGUGAUGGCUAGCGAGGAGUUUGUAUGGAGACAAUGGCAGGACUUCCCUGCACCGCCCCGGCGAAUGGGGGCCGCGUGGCUCAUCAUCCUACGUGGAUGGUGAUAGUUGCUGACUUGGUUCGUUCACGUGGCUGAUGAUGAUUGCGCGGAAAGCAAUGGCAGUGCGGCCGAGCUCCAGCGGGCUUUGGUUGCUUUUAUGGUGGUGGAUUGCCCCGCACGCAAUCAUUGUCGUCGUGGAAUCGUCCUCAGCGUUCGGCAUCCAGCAUGACGGUAAGGUCAUUUUUUGACUUGAGCCUGAAGGAACAACUUCCCUUGGAUCCCGGAGUGGAUGUGACCGAAAAUGUACGGUCUGUAGUUGCCUACAGUAUGCCUACAGUAGAUAGAUCGAGUAAGGUGAAUGUGGGGGUAAUUGAUGCCCUUGACAAAAUACGUAGUUGCUCUGGGAGGGGGGUAAUUGAUAUGCCCAUGACAAAAGAGUUUCUCUGCGAGGCUAUUCCCAAACCCUUUUUUUUUUUGGUCUAUUUCUGAUUUCCCCAGCUUAGAUCGCGAAGACCAUGUGGAGAUGCGGCUGCACCAUGGGAGGCGUGACACAGAUUCACAUGGUCACCACGCCCUCGAUUGUCUAAACCUGUGGAUGGGGUAUGCUUUCGGCCGCGAAGCCUCUCCUCAGAUGGAGCAGGGGUUGCAUUGUCACGGAGAAAAGGAUGAAUACAAGAGGUAAAUAGGCAAUGGAUGACAAGAAAUUGAUGUAGAUUGGGCGAUGCCAAGAAUAUAGAUAUAACCAUCAUCCACGUGGCCGGCCUUGUACGUAA